AUGUUAUUGGAAAUCGCAUUUUCCCUCGAUGUUGCUUCGGUCGUCAGCGAAUUCCUGAGUGACAUCAUUCUUCUGUAUUCGUUUUAUAAAUUCGUUGUAGCGUCAUCGAAAGUAAUGGAAAAUUCCCAAGAAUUUUUGUGAAUUUCACCAUUCGUGAAUGGCAAUUGCUGAGGGGCAUUUGUGCGUCAUACCUGAGGCUUCGAACCAAAAUUCUAAAACACUCUAGGAUUAAAUCGACGGAAUUUUCGAGGAGUAUCCACGGCAUUGAAUGGUGAUUUUAUAGCGUGAGAGAGUGUUGGACACAUUGUGAUAGUUUUUUUUUUAUAUUUGUCGAUGGGAUUUAUUGAUGAUGAGCUCAAAGAAAUUUCAAAACUCUGUGAAAAUGUCGUUGAACGUAGCAAACUUGUCUGCUGUGUGCCAACUCAAGUCAGAGUGGAAAUAACGAAAACGUCGUUCAAGAAAAUAGUAACCUGUAUACAGUUUCCGAAAGAUUACCCUUCAGACGUGCUGCUCAUCGAAUUGAAAAGUAAAACUCUGUCGCCAAAGUUGUUAUUGGGUCUGACUGAAGUUUGCGAGAAAGAGUGUAAGAAUCGUUUGGGGAAGGCACAGGUUCUACCAACUUUGAAGUUCAUAAACAAUUUUAUCAACGAGAAUCCCCUGAUCUGUUGCUACGAUGAAAUCAAUACCGUAAAGGAGCUCCUGAAGGAGUCAGACAGUCUCAAACUGCGACAGAAGUCAUCAACAAUAAAUCUCGAGGUGCACCAGGGACUUUAUUACUAUAAAGCGAAGCUUUUUGUUCCAGACGAUUACCCGGUGUCGUCCGUGAGCAUCAAUUCAGACGCAGAAACGAAUUUUCCUCCUCUGUUCGCACGUUUCCUCUGUGGUCAGGGAAGGGAACUAGGACGCAGAUGUGUAGAGCCUCCACUGAGGAAAAAACCAAACCAAUUAUUCACACCAUCUCCUUCCCUCAAGACCGUUGCGUCAUUCUUGAUAACAACUGUAAAACAAAUUCCAAAGGAGCACUGUCAGCUAUGCAAGUUAGAAUGUCUCCCUCCAAAUCCAGAAGAUGCUGUAGUGGACGAAAAUGCAGAUACCCACGUGGAGAAACUCUACUGUGGUCAUCUGUUCCAUUUGAAGUGUUUCAGAACAUACAUGAAAACUCCUCCAUUCCAUGGGGGUAAAAAAUGCCCAGGCUGUGGACAACGUGUCUUCCACGAUAAAUGGGGGUUGACUGAUAAACUCGCUGAAGACAGAUGGGCACAUGCACAAGCUCGUGCUAGAGAACUAGCUGAAGUCGUUGAUUUCUUCGACUGAUACACCAGAGAGCAAGUGCAUUACUAAAUUCCCCUGGAAUGCACGACUUUCGUUGCAACUCAUUGGCAGUGAAGUGAAAUAAAGAUUAUCUAUUUUUUAUUCCACCGAGAAUGAAUAGCAGUGGACGGGGAGAGGAAUAAACAUUUGGGAGAGCUGGGGAAAAGCCUUUGAAAUUUAUACUGAUGGCUCCAGUUGAGUAUCUCACUAAUAUGUGGCAUCGUAAAAAUAAUAUAUCGUCGGUGUAUUGAUCCUCACUACCGACUCCGGUGGAUCCUCUUCUCUCAUUCCCCUCACUAUCCCCUCGGCUUCACGGCCUCAUUUAUCCUUGCACCUUUUCACUCGUUUUUUUUCAUUUCUCUACUAUUUUUUCUCUUAUUUUCUCUUCCCUAUUUGCGUUUUUUUUUUAUUGGGGAGAACUACGGAAAUAUUCUUCUAGACUCAACAAUUAUUGUGUACAUUUGAUGUGGCAUUUUUUUUUUCAUAGUUUUUUCUUAUGGGUCAUGGAUUAUUAUUUACGUGGUAAAUAUCGUGCCCAUAAAUAAGGUGCGCCGUUAUUCUCUGUAAACUUGGCUUCAAAUCCAUUUAAUAUUCACUUAUCCUAUCCUUUUUACUUUUAAAAUAGAUUAAAAAAUGGAGAAAGUGGUGUUGGAUGGAAUAAAUUAUGGAGGUGACAUGUGGCGACUAUUUUUUGUAAUAAAAGUGAAUAAAUAAAGUAGUUAUCGGGGUUUGGUAUUGA